GCAAUCAUAAGAGAGAAAAGGUUUAGGAAGAAGUAGGAGCGUAAUCGGUAAACUAGACAUGAUGGUCAAAGGACCGAACGCACGGCAGAGCCGUGCUAGUUCCUCUGCUGGGGAUGGAGAAGUGACCACUACCGUGGUUCUUCGAGAGAUGUUGAACCGAAUAGAGGCCAUGAAGACCGGGAUGGACACUAUAAAUAUCCGUCUGGACCUUCCAAGGGCUAAGGUACCUCCAGAGAACAUACCCUGCUUUGAUGGAACCAAGGUUAGGGAAUUCUUGGAGGAUUAUGAUGUCUUCGGUAUGAGUCACGGUUGGUCGGACAAACAAAAGUUGAAAGCUCUGCUCGCCUGUGUUGAGCCUAAGAUGAGGGUGUCAGUGACAAAGACGACACAAGGGCUGACAACAUGGGUCGAGGUUAGGCAAAAGAUGCUGGAAGAGUAUGCGAAGUAUGACGUCCCAACGACCAUGCAAAAUUUGUUGGAAGUGCGACGCUCCAAGUACGCUACCCUCGACCAAUUUCAAGAAGACUUCGAGCGGGUUGCGCGGAGAGUACCCUUCCUAGAUGCAGCCCAUAAGUGUCAUGUCCCACUGACGAACUUCGCAGAGGACGAGAGCAAGAGUGUGGUUAGCCGCGCUGCCCAUUACCCUCUGAAGUGGGAUGAAGUGGUUGAGAUGGUCCGUGAGCUGCCUUCCGUGUCCAACAGAAAAUGGUCUUUGGAACAGAUGAAAGCAAUCACUAGUGCAAGAGAAGGAAAUGUUGAGGCAGCUACGGGAGGAAACUUGAAGGCCGAUGAGAUCCUUGGUCUUCUUGUUAAGCUUGGUAGCUUUGAAAAGUUAACCGUUCCUGCCCCAGCAACUCAAGCACUUGUUGGAGUCGAAGAAGGUCAUACUCUAACCCGGUGCCCAACACUAGAGAAAAAACUCGAAGAAGGGAUUGUCAAGAAGAAUGCCAAUGGGCACAUCUGUGAUGCCAAUUGGAACAAGGUAGACUUCCGAGUCAAAGGAGGAAUGCGAGCAGUUAUCCUAGAAAAGGCUAAGGUCAAUAAGGAUAAAAAAAAAAAGGCUAGGGUUAAUGUUGUCACCUUUGACGGUAUGCUACCUCCGGAGAUAGUGGCUCGAGACGACAAUCCUGGAAACCAAAACCUGAAUGUAUCCCAUAUUAGCCACAGAGAGGUUGAUGAGAAAAAGCGGGAGAAGGCUCAAAGAGAGCUAGACCAGUUGAUUGAUGGGACCAAGGACCUAGUGAAGGAAGGGAAAGGAAAGGAAGCUGCAGGGAAAAAGAGGAAGGUGGUCUUGAGAUCUGAGGUCGAGAAGGGUGUCUCGAUAGAUGAAGUAGUAAAGAAACUAUUUGAGGAAACCGAGAUCACUCUAUCUUGGAACGAGGCAGUAGCCUUGGUGCCAAAGUUUAGGGAAGCGCUCAAAAAGAUGGUUGAGAGGCGGAAGGUAGAAAUCAAUAGCCUAGGACUCUUCCCUCAGCAUGUGGAAAGAGCCUCGCCUGGGACCAAGAUGAGGUUUGGCAACAUGUCGUGUGACUACUUGAAUAUCUUCGUAAACGACGUGAAGGUUAGAGCCCUAAUGGACUCUGGGGCCGAGAUGGUGCUUAUGUUCUCGGCCACGAUGAGAUCAUGUGGGCUUGGAAUAGAUAGGAAAGUCAACCACCAGCUCUCCAAUAUAGCCGGAUUCCUACCAUUGGAGGGAUUCAUUGAUGAUCUACCUAUCCGAAUUGGGACUUUACGGGCCGAGAUCCUCUGUUUUGUGGUCCCCAACUUGGAUCAUGACUGCAUUCUCGGAGCCCCUUUCCCACAUAGAAUGGAGGCUUGCGCGUUCUUUGACCAUGAUGGGGCGGCCUGACUUUCGCUCCAGGAUCCUAACAAUGAUCAAGAACAGGCUUUUGGGAUAAGUGACAGACAUCAUCCUCGUCAUCAGCGACAUGUUAAUUCUCUUAAGCAUAAAGAAUCU